UGCUUCCCCUUCUCCCCGGCGGUUAGUGCUGAGAGUGCGGAGUGUGUGCUCCGGGCUCGGAACACACAUUUAUUAUUAAAAAACCCAAAAAAAAUCUAAAAAAAUCUUUUAAAAAACCCAAAAAAAAUUUACAAAAAAUCCGCGUCUCCCCCGCCGGAGACUUUUAUUUUUUUUCUUCCUCUUUUAUAAAAUAACCCGGUGAAGCAGCCGAGACCGACCUGCCCGCCCGCGGCCCCGCAGCAGCUCCAAGAAGCAACCAAGAGACCGAGGCCUUCCCGCAGCCCGGACCCGACAUCGUCACCCUCGCUCCCUAGCCAGCAGCCGGCAGUCAGCGGCAGCGGAUCGACUCCGUUCUGCGGCCGUUGAGUAGUUUUCGAUUCCGGUUGAUUUUUGUCCCUCUGUGCUUGCCCCCGUUCCCCUCCCCCCGGCUCCGGCCCCCGGCCCCAGCACUAGCCCUCCUCACGGAAAGGUCGCGGCCUGUGGCUCUGCGGGCAGCCGUGCCGAGAUGAACCCCAGCGCCCCCAGCUACCCCAUGGCCUCGCUCUACGUGGGGGAUCUACACCCCGACGUGACCGAGGCGAUGCUGUAUGAGAAGUUCAGCCCGGCCGGGCCCAUCCUGUCCAUCCGGGUCUGCAGGGACAUGAUCACCCGCCGCUCCUUGGGCUACGCGUAUGUGAACUUCCAGCAGCCGGCGGACGCGGAGCGUGCUUUGGACACCAUGAAUUUUGAUGUUAUAAAGGGCAAGCCAGUACGCAUCAUGUGGUCUCAGCGUGAUCCAUCACUUCGCAAAAGUGGAGUGGGCAACAUAUUCAUUAAAAAUUUGGACAAAUCCAUUGAUAAUAAAGCACUGUAUGAUACGUUUUCUGCUUUUGGUAACAUCCUUUCAUGUAAGGUGGUUUGUGAUGAAAAUGGUUCCAAGGGUUAUGGAUUUGUACAUUUUGAGACACAGGAAGCAGCUGAAAGAGCUAUUGAAAAAAUGAAUGGGAUGCUUCUAAAUGAUCGCAAAGUAUUUGUUGGACGAUUUAAGUCUCGUAAAGAACGAGAAGCAGAACUCGGAGCUAGGGCAAAAGAAUUCACCAACGUUUACAUCAAGAAUUUUGGAGAAGACAUGGAUGAUGAGCGCCUUAAGGAUCUCUUUGGCAAGUUUGGACCUGCCUUAAGUGUGAAAGUAAUGACUGAUGAAAGUGGAAAAUCCAAAGGUUUUGGAUUUGUAAGCUUCGAAAGGCAUGAAGAUGCACAGAAAGCUGUGGAUGAGAUGAAUGGAAAGGAGCUCAAUGGAAAACAAAUUUACGUUGGUCGAGCUCAGAAAAAAGUGGAACGGCAGACGGAACUUAAGCGCAAAUUUGAACAGAUGAAGCAAGAUAGGAUCACCAGAUACCAGGGUGUUAACCUUUAUGUGAAAAAUCUUGAUGAUGGUAUUGAUGAUGAACGUCUCCGGAAAGAGUUUUCUCCAUUUGGUACAAUCACUAGUGCAAAGGUUAUGAUGGAGGGUGGUCGCAGCAAAGGGUUUGGUUUUGUAUGUUUCUCCUCCCCAGAAGAAGCCACUAAAGCAGUUACAGAAAUGAAUGGUAGAAUCGUGGCCACCAAGCCAUUGUAUGUAGCUUUAGCUCAGCGCAAAGAAGAGCGCCAGGCUCACCUCACUAACCAGUAUAUGCAGAGAAUGGCGAGUGUCAGAGCUGUGCCCAACCCUGUAAUCAACCCCUACCAGCCAGCACCUCCUUCAGGUUACUUCAUGGCAGCUAUUCCACAGACUCAGAACCGUGCUGCAUACUAUCCUCCUAGCCAAAUUGCUCAACUAAGACCAAGUCCUCGCUGGACUGCUCAGGGUGCCAGACCUCAUCCAUUCCAAAAUAUGCCCGGUGCUAUCCGCCCCGCCGCUCCUAGACCGCCAUUUAGUACUAUGAGACCAGCUUCUUCACAGGUUCCACGAGUCAUGUCAACACAGCGUGUUGCUAACACAUCAACACAGACAAUGGGUCCACGUCCUGCAGCUGCUGCUGCUGCAGCUACUCCUGCUGUCCGCACCGUUCCACAGUAUAAAUACGCUGCGGGAGUUCGCAAUCCUCAGCAACAUCUAAAUGCACAGCCACAAGUUACCAUGCAGCAGCCUGCCGUUCAUGUACAAGGUCAGGAACCUUUGACUGCUUCCAUGUUGGCAUCUGCCCCUCCUCAAGAGCAAAAGCAAAUGUUGGGUGAACGGCUAUUUCCUCUAAUUCAAGCCAUGCACCCUACUCUUGCUGGUAAAAUCACUGGCAUGUUGUUGGAGAUCGAUAAUUCAGAACUUCUUCAUAUGCUUGAGUCUCCAGAGUCUCUCCGUUCUAAAGUUGAUGAAGCUGUAGCUGUGCUACAAGCCCACCAAGCUAAAGAGGCUGCCCAGAAAGCAGUUAACAGUGCCACUGGUGUUCCAACUGUUUAAAAUUGAUCAGGGACCACGAAAAGAAACUCGUGCUUCACCGAAGAAAAAUAUCUAAACAUCGAAAAAUUUAAAUAUUAUGGAAAAAAAACAUUGCAAAAUAUAAAAUAAA